AUGACUCACGCCAAAACCACCACCGGCGCCGCCGUGGCCAAGGUGGAGAUUAGCCCAUACUCAUCCCCGUCGCCGCCGUUAUCCGCACCGUCUUCUCCCCCGACUCCACCGGCUCCGGCUAUCCUCACUCCUUGCGCCGCGUGCAAGAUUCUCCGGCGAAGGUGCGCCGAAAAAUGCGUAUUGGCGCCGUAUUUCCCGCCAACCGAGCCGCUAAAGUUCACGAUCGCGCAUCGGGUUUUCGGAGCUAGCAACAUUAUCAAAUUAUUGCAGGAGCUCCCCGAGUCACAACGAGCCGAUGCUGUGAAUAGUAUGGUGUACGAGGCGAACGCGAGGCUGAGGGACCCGAUCUACGGCUGUGCUGGUGCCAUCUGCCACCUCCAGAAACAAAUCUGUGAUCUCCAAGCUGAGCUGGCAAAGGCACAGGCAGAAAUCCUGAACAUGCAGUGCCAAAAUGCCAAUCUUUGUGACCUAAUCUGCAAGGUACAAAUGGGCACAGCACAAAGCCAUGGAAUUGAGGACCAUCAUAAUAAUAAUAGUCAUAGUUUGGGGGUACAAUCAGCUGCAGCAUUGGCAUACAAUACUCAGAACACAACAUUUAUUGAGGAUGCUAACAUGGGAGUUUCUUGGGAGCCACUUUGGACAUAA